CCGUGGUUGUCUCGUGACAUCUGACACUGUAAUCAAGAAUAAGAAAUGUCACUCACAGGAGACACAGGAGAGUGGAACAGGAGAAGUACUAGAAUUGAAGCAGAAACAGCGCGCCACAACUCAUUGUCAUUGUUUAGCAGCACUACCUCGAGAUGAGGAUGAGAGAGCCUCACUCGUCACCAACAUUUUUUUCUCUACUAAUUUCACCAAAUUACAGCAGCUCCAGAACAAUCUGUGGUAAGGAAUAAGAGCAGGGCACCAAGUUACUUCGAGGGCAGCUUUCCAGAAGCUUCUUCUUUCUCGUAAUUAUGGCAGAACUCCGCAGUAGACCAGCACUGUAACGAGAUAAAUCUAAUCGAUUGAAGGAACAGACCCAAACGUAAAAAACGAAGCUCUGUACUUCUAGUAAAGUAAAGGAGCUACAGGAACCAUACUAAGAACAAGCCUCCCAACAUUGCUCUACUGCCCAGCCUCAAGUAGUUUUACUUGAGCUUAUAAAUUCUCAACAAAAUGUCGGAUAAUCCCGUGUGGAAGGCUUUUAAGCCGUUCGUGACCGGUUCUAUCUCCGGUUCCGUUGCGACAUGCUGCAUCCAGCCGAUGGACAUGGUGAAGGUAAGGAUCCAAGUUGCCGCGGCCGAGGGAAAACCAACCUCACCGGUAACGAUUGCAACCACGCUGGUGAAGGAAGAGGGCUUCCUGGCGAUGUACUCGGUAAUAAUACAACUUCAGGAUCGAUGGCUAUGGCUUUAGUUUUGCUUCCUGGUUCUUGAUGGUGCUGAAGGGAAAAAAUGCAAAGCAAUCGAACAGUCUUCACAAUACCCGAAGUCGAAUUUUGUUCAUCACUGUACAACAAGAAGAAAACCUCAACGUCAACAGGGUCUCUCGGCAGGGUUGACAAGGCAAGUCAUAUAUACCGGGGCGCGACUGGGACUCUACGACAUUUUCACAGACAUGGUACUGAUUUUUUUGCGACGAAGUGAUUCUGCUCAACAUGAUUCGAGAUGAACAUAUAAGUAUGUAAGUAGUUCUAGGUCGUUCUGAGGUUUCGAAAUGCAUGCGUGGGACGUCGUCAUUGAUGUUUCGAUAUGCAGCAUGUGUGAAUGUGUACUAUUUUAAAAACUGUUCUAUACUUCAGGCAAAAACUCCGGGUGAGAAAACCUUUCCCAUGUGGAAAACCGCCGCGUGCGCCCUGUCUGCCGGUGGUUAUGCAAGAAAAACUGUGUAUAGUGUAACUUUGUAAUGCAGAACAUGCAACAGAGUCGCACUUGUCGUGCGACACAGCCAUGAACUUCUCGGUUCCUGUGUGUCUUCCCUUACAGGCCACGCAUGACAGAUUUUGUCUGUUGUGUAGAGCAAAUUUGUAAUGCUCUCGGCCAAAGAAAGUUACACUAACACAGUUUUUUUCUUGGAUACUGGGAUAGCAGCGGUAAUUGGUAACCCAGCAGACCUGUCGUUGAUCCGCAUGCAGACGGACAGCAUGCUCCCAAAAGCCGAACAGGUGGGCUACAGACACGCGGGACACGCUAUGUCAAGUAUUGCUUUGCUGGUUCUACUCAGAUGUAUUUUUUCCACGUGAAGAUCGACACAAUAUUAAAUACCUGUGAUCUAUUGCAUGCAGAUGAGUACCACCUCCACCUCCUAGAUUAUCCGUAGAUCCAACAUUUUUGCAUGCCGUUGUGACCAGUUCAAGUUUAAAAAAAAUUUUAUUGCAAUGGAAUUACCUCUUCAAACAAGGUAUUCUGAAAGGCGAGGGCUUCGUUGGUCUUUUCAAGGGCUCUGUGCCCACGAGCGUCCGCGCGAUGGCGUUGAACUUGGGAAUGCUCGGCGGAAACUCCGCGGCAAAAGAUUUUUUGUCCGGAUCGUUUGGACUGGAAAAGUCAGGGACAGCAUGCGUGUUCGGGGCAUCGGCGAUCGCAGGCUUCUUCGCGUCGGCAUUCUCAUUGCCGUUUGGUACUAAGUUGUAAAAUUUCAAUGAUUCUAUGAAUUGCAAAAGAAGUUGUAUCGUACUACGUAGUAAUUGCAAUAAAAAUUCGCUUAGCAUGCUGAUUUCCAUGGCAACAAGAUUUGUAUUGUGCCUGACUGCAAUGUCAAUUAAAUUUAAAUCCAGAUUUCGUGAAGACGCAAGUCCAGAAGGCCAAGCCGGAUGCGAACGGCAAGAUGCCCUUCAACGGCCCCAUUGACUGCGCCAUGAAGAUGUUGGCCGAGGGCGGUCCACUGCGGUUCUACGCCGGAUUCCCGACCUACUACUUCCGUAUCGCGCCCCACGCGAUGAUCACGCUCAUCGCCCAGGACAAGGUGAAGAAAUUCUGGCAGAGCAUCGGCGCGUAGGCACGACUGAUAAGUACUUAUAUAUUUUUUCACAACGACCCACAAGUAGCAAAGAAUCUGAAUAACUGUGAGCGCCAGUACUAAAGGUACUCUCAGUACACGCUGGUCGUAUAAUUUCUUUUUGCGAUAGUACAACUUCUCAUGCAGGAUAUUAACCGCGGCUAAAGCCGCGCCGCCCUGCUGUCAUGCCGGCGGGAAGAUCGCUUCUUUAUCUUCCCACUCCGGUCCGAUAAGCACUACUAGCACGACCUACAACGGCACGCAAAUACUAUGCGGUUACAAGUAUAUGCUGAACAUCAUGCCAAACACGACACGGAAAUCGAAUUACGAUAUGAAUUCUUUCUGCAGAUAAUUUUUUUGUUAUUUACUUUUUUCGACCAAGAACUUCCACUUCGGGAUUAGUGUCGUCUCGGAAGUAGGAACCACGACGAAAAAGGAGCGGGUGGGAAAAAGGGAUUAUAGCCAAGAAACUUGAUUACUAUGAUUUUCCAUACCGUGUGCCGAAAAGGAAUUCCCACAUCAGAAGUAUCAAAGCGCCGUGUGUAAUACCAAGAAUCCUCCAUCAAGUUCGAUAUACAGUUCCAGCCGCCUCUUAAAGGAUGAGGCGGAGCGGUCAUACAACAAGACUUCGAAUUUUAAUAAGGGACGAAUCACAGGGGCACCAGGAUGCUCUUGGAAAAAAUAUAACGACAGAGAAAGAAUCUACGCUGAAGAAAUUUUUACCGCUCCACUUUGCACUUUGAGAUCUUCAUAGAGGUGCAGCCCUAGUGUGUGAAAAGGAACGUAAGAUCAGUCCAAGUUGCAGUGGUCAACUUUUUCGCUGUGAUAAGGAAUGCAGCCAUAAGCAGAACCAUCUCUUAAUUAUAUCACCGACCGUAUCACUACCACCUAAAAAUGAAUCUAAGUGCGCAAGUAUAAAGAUCCUUGUCCUGCUUGAUCGGAAUCAUGAUUUCUGUUCUCUGAAACCACCCAAUGUCUGGAUGAUCGAAGUACAAGAAAGAAAACCGACUGAGAUCCGCCUGUCAGCGAAUAGCGCACAUUGGAUCCUGAUCCUGCCUGGUUGCUUGAAGUGUCUGAUCCGAACAAAU